AUGGCCUAUUACGAUAACAACAACACCUGGGGUGCUUCGACCCCGACCAGGCAAGGUUGGGAGCAACCUGCGGCGCCGUCGCGUUCUGGGAACAGUUCAACGGUCAACCGCGAACCCGACUCUUCGAGUGGGACCAUUGCGUUCCUCCACCAAUUCGAAGUCAAGAGCGGCAAGCCUUUCCCUCCUCCGCCAGCGAGGCGCGACUCUAUGCCGAUGAUGCCUGCGCGUCCAGCGGGCCCAGCGGUGGACUAUGGAAUGGCAUCUCGUCACUCCGUUGCUGAGUUUGAUGGCGGGCGCCCUGGCUCGUCCUCCAACCUGCAAAGCUUCUAUGCCAACCAACGUUACGGUCCCCGUACCGAAGGUGAUCCGGCCGCUCAAGCCAAGCGCCGAGCCGCCGCCGCUCGCGAACGCGAACUGCGCAACUACCAUCAGGAGCAACAAUACAACCGCAGUACGUCUAAUCUCCUCGUCACCCCGGAGCUCAGUUCACGUGGAGCCCCGCGAGAUGAAGGGUUUCAACUGACGUGCCCCUCAGGCGUCGUGGCUGACGUUUCUGGCAACAACAAGUCUGACCGCUCGAUGAGCCCGAACACCAUGAGCGAAGACGAACGCCGUGAGCUCAUUGCCCGCCAACACCGUGCCCUGUACGGCAACGACUCGAGCCUGUACACCGAAGCCAGCCAACCUCCCUCCCAAGACGCGCGAGUCGCCACCGCCGGCAUCCGCGGCCACUCUCCCCUCGCCUUCGACCCCUAUUAUGGCCAAAACCCCCCACAAGGCACCGUACCCCCCCGUGACCCCUCCCAACCGUCCGACGCCUCCCAACCCCCCAACAAGGACGCCCCUCCCCCCCAACAAUCCCGCUCCCGUGCCAACUCUACCUCCUCCCCCGCCUCCACCACCCAACCCACCACCUUCUCCCUCUUCGACAACGCCAAUCCCCCCGCUCAACAAUCCUCCCGCACCUCCACCUCCUCCCCCGCCGGCUCCCCCACCACCCAACCUGGCAAAGGCUCCGCCCCCUCCUCCACCGGCACCGUCGCCCCCAUCGGCACCCGCCCCGCCGGCCCGCCGCAGAGCAAGCGCGCAACCACCCCCGGCCUGCCGAGCCCCUUGUCAUUCGGCUACAACGCCGGCGAGGGACUGUCCAACGAGCGCAGCACCAGCGCGACGACGUCGAGCGCGCAGGGUGCCGGCGUGGAGAAGCAAGUUAGCGGCCUGGGCGCGUGGGGGAACAACGGCGGUGUCUGGGGCACGAAGAGCGGAUUGGGAAUGCAGGCGGGUGUCGCGUGGAGUUGA